GCGCUGAGGAGGAGGUUACCAUAGCGACCGUGCACACAGCAGCUAGGCGUCCCUCGUUGGUCCCCGGCUGGCCGGAGGGAAGAGGCGACACCAUGAGCCAUGUGGUGACUAUCGAGGAGCCCCAGGCCAACCCGCAGGUGUCUCAGACCCGGUGCGGGAUCAGGUCGGGGGCCUGGGGCAACGUCUCCUCCAAUCGACAGUAUGAUUUUCUGUACGAUCCAUUGUUUAUUGUGUCAAGUGAGAAAGACCACACACAGGCAAAUAUCCAAGCUAACCUGAUUCGAAACAGACUGAGAAAAGUUCCCAGGUUUAGAAGCAUGUUCAGUAACCUGAUCCAUUAUCCAAGAUAUUCUCUGUAUUGGAGCAAGGCAGACCCUGUCCCACCAUUCAUCCGCCGGGAAUGGAAAGGACAGGAGGAGAAACACAGAGAAGCCCUUGGGCAGCUUGCCAUAACUGAUAAGUCUUUUCAGAUGGCUAAAGAGGCUUAUGAAGAUCCUGAAAUUACUGGAAGGAAUCGCUAUAAAUAUUUUGAAAGGCCUUUCCUUCCAUUUCAUCAACAGAUGCCAUUUAAUGUUGUUUUUGCAGCAACCAAGACAGAGGCAUAUAUUUUCCCUCCUACUUCUUCUGCUAAGUACCCUUCCGUACCUUCAAAGUACACUGUGGGUACUCAGACUGAUUAUCGGGAUGCUGAAGUUCAAACUGAUCCAUAUUCUCCAGAAUAUGUAGUAUGUCAGGAUUCAAUCCCUGAGCUCUUGACCCUGGCUACUCUUACUUGGGGUCGAGGGCUCCCAGCAGGACAAGCUGAGGUUGAGAUGAUAGAACGUGCCCGGGAGAAGCGUGCUUGGGAAGCCACUCUUCCCUGUCUGAGUGACACCUCCCAGUUUGAGAAGAGGAGGAGGAUGAUGAAUGCGAUGGAGAGGAAGGAGUGGGCCUUCAGAGAGCAGGAGAUUGAAAAACUGCAGGAGAUUCGCCUGGAAAUUCUAAAAAAGCUGCUGAGAAAGCGUGAUGAGAAUCAAAACGAAGUGAACAUGAAGCACCUGAAUGCCCGAUGGUGUCAAUUGCAGGAAGCAAAGGAGGCAAAAUUGGCACGGAUUCAGCACACACAUGUAUCAGCAAUCAGAAAACUUGUGGGAAAGGGAAAGAAUAUAGAAGGGAAGCUGGAGAGAAGGAAUAUCAUCAGGGAUUAUUGUGAUUAUGCAUCACAGGUCUAUGGACCUCUGUCUCGUCUUGGUCGUUUCCCUGACAACAAUUCAGAGGACUUUGUGGUAAAAAACCACUAUCUCAACACCUAUGAAGGAUUAGUUGAACUUGAGUCAUGUCUCCCAGAUUUUGUGACACAACCCCGAAUUAGACCUCCAAAGCCAAAAGUCGCUACCACGAAAGCUGGUUUUCUCAAGAGGGCAGCAAGGAUGGACCAUGAGUUGGCAGAAGUUCAUAAGAUUUAUUACCAGAGCAUCAGGAAGAAAGGGAGUCACGUUCAAGUCCUCUCUAAUCUGAUUUAA